AUGAAGACUUGGUUAAAAAUUGUAUUCGGAAUCGCCUCCUCUGCUGUGCUUGCUUUAUUGGUGAUGUGCAUUGUCUUACGUCCUUUGAGAGAUUAUAACUCUGAAGGAAAUAAUACAACAAGAGCACUCAUGUUAAAAGAUAUUUUAAAUGGAACAUUUUCUUAUUGGACAUAUUUUCCAACUUGGAUUUCAGGACAAGAGUAUCUUCAUCAAUCUACAGAUAAUAACGUAGUAUUUUAUAAUAUUGAAACAGGAGAGUCAUAUACCAUUUUGAGUAAUACCACCAUGAAAAGUGUGAAUGCUUCCAAUUAUGGCUUAUCACCUGAUCGGCAAUUUGCAUAUCUAGAAAGUGAUUAUUCAAAGCUUUGGCGAUACUCUUAUACAGCAACGUAUCACAUCUAUGACCUUAGGAAUGGAGAUUUUGUAAGAAGAAAUGAGCUUCCUCGUCCCAUUCAGUAUAUUUGCUGGUCACCAACGGGGAGUAAAUUAGCAUAUGUGUAUCAGAACAAUAUCUAUUUGAAACAAAGACCAGAAAACCCACCUUUCCAAAUAACAUAUAAUGGAAAAGAAAAUAAAAUAUUUAAUGGAAUCCCAGACUGGGUUUAUGAAGAGGAAAUGCUUGCUACAAAAUACGCUCUCUGGUGGUCUCCAAAUGGAAAAUUUUUGGCAUAUGCAGAGUUUAAUGAUACAGAAAUACCAGUUAUUGCCUAUUCCUAUUAUGGUGAUGAGCAAUAUCCUAGGACAAUAAAUAUUCCAUACCCAAAGGCUGGAGCUAAGAAUCCUGUUGUGAGGAUAUUUAUUAUUGAUACCACUUAUCCUGAGCAUGUAGGUCCCAUAGAAGUCCCAGUUCCAGCAAUGAUAGCCUCAAGUGAUUAUUAUUUCAGUUGGCUCACGUGGGUUACUGAUGAACGAAUAUGCUUGCAGUGGCUAAAAAGAGUUCAGAAUGUUUCAGUCUUAUCUAUAUGUGAUUUCAAUGAAGGCUGGCAGACAUGGGAUUGUCCAAAGACCCAGGAGCAUAUAGAAGAAAGCAGAACUGGAUGGGCUGGUGGAUUCUUUGUUUCAACACCAGUUUUCAGCUAUGAUUCCACUUCAUACUACAAAAUAUUUAGCGACAAGGAUGGCUACAAACACAUUCACUAUAUCAAAGACACCGUGGAAAACGCUGUUCAAAUUACAAGUGGCAAGUGGGAGGCCAUAAAUAUAUUCAGAGUAACACGGGAUUCACUGUUUUAUUCUAGCAAUGAAUUUGAAGGUGUCCCUGGAAGAAGAAAUAUCUAUAGAAUUAGCAUUGGAAGCAAUCCUCCAAGUAAGAAGUGUAUUACCUGUCAUCUAAGGCAAGAAAGGUGCCAAUAUUACACAGCGAGUUUCAGUGACUACUCCAAGUACUAUGCACUCGUCUGCUAUGGCCCAGGCCUCCCCAUCUCCACCCUCCAUGAUGGCCGCACUGAUCAAGAAAUUAAAAUCCUGGAAGAAAACAAGGAAUUGGAAAAUGCUUUGAAAAACAUCCAGCUGCCUAAAGAGGAAAUGAAGAAACUUGAAGUGGAUGACAUUACUUUAUGGUACAAGAUGAUUUUUCCUCCUCAAUUUGACGGAUCAAAGAAGUAUCCCUUGCUAAUUCAAGUGUAUGGUGGUCCCUGCAGUCAGAGUGUAAGGUCUGUGUUUGCUAUUAGUUGGAUAUCUUAUCUUGCAAGUAAGGAAGGAAUAGUCAUUGCCUUGGUGGAUGGUAGAGGAACAGCUUUCCAAGGUGACAAACACCUGCAUGCAGUGUAUCGAAAGCUGGGUGUUUAUGAAGUUGAGGACCAGAUCACAGCUGUCAGAAAAUUCAUAGAAAUGGGUUUCAUUGAUGAAAAAAGAAUAGCCAUAUGGGGCUGGUCCUACGGUGGUUAUGUUUCAUCACUGGCCCUCGCAUCCGGAACUGGUCUUUUCAAAUGUGGGAUAGCGGUAGCUCCAGUCUCCAGCUGGGAAUAUUAUGCGUCUAUCUACACGGAGCGAUUCAUGGGUCUCCCAACAAAGGAUGACAAUCUGGAGCACUAUAAAAAUUCAACUGUGAUGGCAAGAGCAGAAUAUUUCAGAAAUGUAGACUAUCUUCUCAUCCACGGAACAGCAGAUGAUAAUGUGCACUUUCAAAACUCAGCACAGAUUGCUAAAGCUCUGGUUAAUGCACAAGUGGAUUUCCAGGCAAUGUGGUACUCUGACCAGAACCACGGCAUCUCCGGCCUGUCCACAAAGCACUUGUACACCCACAUGACCCACUUCCUGAAGCAAUGUUUCUCUUUGUCAGAUUGA